GCCUCGAGCCUUGCGAAAGGCGAAGCUAGAGCGAACAAGAGACGAGCUGCCAAACGGGAAUUUAUUGAUCCAGAGAACAAAUUGGGGCGGAGAUUCAUUGAUGCUGUUUGAUCAAGCAGCCACAAUCGAUGAGUGCUGAACUUGUCCACAUAUGAAAGCAGUCUGGUCCGCCAAGGAUCAGUUCACCGACAAACAUACAAUUGCACAUCCUGCAACCCCUCAAACGUAGUGCAGAAACACCAUCAACCUGCACAAGUGGAAGCAGCCUAGUCUCCAUUUGAAAGAUCUGGCGUUGAUAUGAUGCACAUCGUGCGACCCCGUGCAACCUAGUUCUCAGUUCACAAGGAUGCUGCACGCAUCGGCUCCGCCGGGCGCCAUGGAGGCCCGAGAGUCCCGCUUCGCUCCAAACCCCUUCCAAUACAAUGGCCGGGUGGCGCUCGCCAUCGUCCCUGCACUGGCUGUCCUUUUGGGAGCUGGGGGCCAGACCGUCUCUGGCACUCUCUGCAUCGGUCUCAUGGUCACGUACAUCCUCGACGCGCUCGGAAUGAAGGAGGGUGCAUUUGGGGGGGUCUGGGUGUCCCUCGGGGGGACGAUCCUGGCGUUUGCGCUGUCCGGGGCGGCAUUUGGGAGUGGUCAAGAGCGGCCAAUUGUCCUCUCAGCGCUCAUUCUGCUGGUCGGCAACUUUGUAGGGUUUGUGGGGGGCGUGUGGGGGUCGCUCCAGUUCCGGUGGCUGCUUAUCAAGCACCCCCCCAUCGUGCUGGCACUGGAACGCGUGCUUUUUGCAGUCACCCCCCUCGUGGCAACCCCCAUCGUCACGUGGGGGAUCAUUGCAGCUGUCGGGAUCGCCAAUGCGUCCUUCUACCUCACGGCACUGCUCUUUGGCUUCUACUGGGUGUUCUCCCUCCCCACGCCGACGUCGUUUCGCGCAAAAGCAGACAAGGCCUACGGCGGCGCGAUCGCCGAAGAGUCGCUCAUCGGGGGCGCCCUCGAAGGGGCAAUCCAUCUUGGUCUCGUCCUCUUCCUCCCCCCCAUCUUCCACUUCAGCGUGCACUACCCCCAGCUGCUCGCUUUCGCCCCCAUCGAGAUCUGGAACUUCCUCAUCGUACUCGCCGCGCCCCCGCUUUUUGUUGCGUACGCCUCGACGCACAACUCCCUCUGGUGGCUGCGCAUCGCUCCCCAAACGCUGCAUCGGUUGCGCAUCUUCGUAAGCGCUGCGGCGAUCGCAGUCCUGAUAGCAGCCCUCGAAGCACGGGUGAUCUUCCACGCGUUUGGUCAGUACAUCCACCUUCCCCCUCCAUUGAACUACGUGCUCGUAACGCUGGCACUCUAUGGGGGGGCCGCAGCAAUCGGCGCGCACAUGGUAGGGGCGGCCGGGAAGAAGGGCGUGAAUCCCACUCUAGUUACGGCGGUGCUGGUGGCCGCAGCGCUGGCGGGAGCGCUCGUGCUGGGCAUGCCACUGCAGCUCCUCUUCAUCCCUGCCGUCUCCGCUGCCUACCUCGGCCAGUUCUACCGCACCCGUAGUCUGCUUUCCUACGCCGUUUUUGCCGCUGGAGGGGCCGCCUGUGCGGCGUGGUUCAUUGUGCGCCACUUUUGGACGAUCCAGGCGGUUCUGGGGGAUCACCCGGUCAAGGACACCGCCCGGGUGCUCAUGCUGGGGGUGACUCUGGCCCUGGCGCUCCCUGGGGCGGCGGCUGCGGGCGCUCAGGGGAAGCAGCUGCUGGGGGCGCUUAUGGUCGCGCAGGGGCUCGUGGUUUGCGCCGUAGAAGACCGGUUAUACGGGCACUCGCAUGAUGAGGAGGGCCUCUACCCCGGCUACCUCGUUGCGCUCACCUCCGCCGUCGGAUGGUUUUUGACGCACCGCCUCGAGUCCGACAACCGCAUCGGGCCCUGGGCCGGUUGGUUUGCCACGUGUCUCUACGCCGCCAAGCUGAGCCUGCUGGUUCUCGUCACGCCCGGAGUGCUCUGGUCGAGCGUUCUUUUGGCGGCGACCGUGACCCCGCCGAUUUUGCUGUACCGGGACAAGUCGCGGCCGCAGUUCCGGGCCAAGAUGAAGCCGUGGCAGGCCGCAUUCCAUGCCGUCACCGUGACCGCCGCCGUGUGGUACUUCCGCUACACGCUCUUCGACCUGCUGUACGCCUGGAACGGCGUCCGGCCGUCCGACGGCGCGCUCCUCGGGACCAUCGUCGUGGCGGCCGCGGGCGCGUGCGUGCCGAUCGUCGCCUUCCACUUCACGCACAUGCAGUCUGCAAAGCGCGCCGUCGUCCUGGUCAUCGCCUCCGGCGCGCUGCUCAUCCUCCUCCGGCCCCCCCUCCCCUCGGCGUGGUCCGUCUGGUGGGACGAGGACCACACCCCCGAGCACCUCCGCGACGAGCCAUCCAUCUACGGCCACGUGGCAGCCUCCGGGCACACCGCGGGCUGGCCCUCCUGGCUGCUCGGGGGCGCGCUGAUCGCGUCCGUCGCCGCAAUGACGUCAGCGGUGCCGAUCCAGGACCGGCCCCUCGUUUCGGGGGGGUACGCCGUGGGGCUCGGAGCGUCGGUGGGGGUGUAUCUGUGCGCGGGGUUCUUCUACGACACCCCCCUGCUGCACCCGCUGCUGUUUUUGGCGAGCGUGGCGGCGGCCGUGUUUCUGGUGUUCGCAUACCACCCGACGGGCGCGAGCGCCAAGUACCUGCCGUGGCUGUUUGCGCUGCUUGCAGCGCUCCUUCCCGUCAUGUACCUGCUGCCGCAGGUGUCCCGCUUCGCGCGCGCCCCUGACGUGGACGCCGCGUCGCGCCUCGAGGAGAUUGCGCUCCUGGAGGACGCGCGCACGUCCCUGGUCGCGCUCUACGCCGCGCUGUUCCUGCUCAUCGCCCUCGUCAUCAAGCUCAAGCUGACCGCCGUGCUGAGCGCGUCCGGCCACUCGCAGCCCGCGCUUCCGAGUCGACAACAGGGCUUCGCCCCAAGCCACCGUCCGUUCCAGCCCCGCCGGACGUCCUUAGCCAAGGCACUGUCCGUCCAGAAGCUGUCCCGGGAGGGCGCCUGGAUGCCCGGGCUGGGGAACGUGGCUACACUGCUCUCCUUCGCGCUCUGCAUGCUGCUCAACCUGGAGUACACCGGGGGGUCCGACAGGUCCAUCUUCGUACUGGCGCCCAUUCUGCUGCUACUCAACCAGGACGCCAACCUGUUUACCACCUUCACCGACCGGCAACGCUACUUCCCGGUCACUCUCACCAUCACUCUCUACCUGGUCAUCUCCUCGGGGUAUCACAUAGUGGUCGGGGCGUUACAGGGCGGCCUCGCGUCGAGCCUCCUAAGCCUAGCCGGCAGGAAUAGCGUCCUAGUGUUCACGGUCAAAAACGCGCUGCUGCUUCUGGUGACGUUACCCAAUCAGGUGCUGUUUAACACCUUCAUGUGGGACAACGUGAAGCAGUCGAACAUGGUGCUAAUGUCUCUGACCCCGCUUAACCUGCCAGCGGUGCUUCUUUCGGACGUGUCGACCGUUAGGGUCCUAGCGGCGUUAGGGGUAGGGUUCGCGCUGGUCCAGUUCCUGGUGUCAAGACGCGUGAGGCUCGCCGGGCUCAGAUACAUUUGAUGCCCGGUAUUGAUUCCGAUAAUUGCAUAACUUCGAGUCGUUUAUGCCCUGCACGAAUCUAUUCCGAUUCAUUGAAUAAUCGGACUUCAGG